CAGGAAACUCCGAUCGAGCCGUUUACAACGUACAUUUAAAAUGUAACUUUUCGUUUGUACUUUAAAAAAAUGUGAAUAAAUCGAACAGGUAUAAAACUGAAAUGUGAACAUGAAUAUAUUUCAGUCUGGAACAAAAAGAAAAUGGAUCACGUAAAACUCCUCGAAGAACUGCUGGGCCUCGAAAAUGCCGAGAGGUGGGACGAACUGUUCAAUGUGGACGACGCCGCCCUCGAACACCAAGGAAAAGUCUUGCCCGCAGUGCAAGACGUUCGUUGAUCGUAACGAUUAUCCGACACCGCCUUCGCAACCCGAGACUACGGCCUGCGACUUGUUGGAGCUCGUGCCUAGAGGCACAUUGGCGCAGAUCCGAAUAUUAUCCGAGGACGACAUCAGAUCGAAGAAAGUCGUGACGCCACGGAUUGUAUUCGUGGAUCGCAAAGGCGAUGUUGCGGAAAUGGUCCGGGCGAGCCGGACGUCCGUGGGGGUUCUCCGAUUGUUGGGCCGGUUCCCCACGUGCCUGCAGAAUAAUUCAACCGCGUUCGCCGCUGUUCGGGUCUUUGUGAACCCCGAGUAUGAGAGUCUGAUGCGAAUGGUCCUCGGUGAAUUUUCUCAUACGGAGGAGCCGACGAUCCAGUUUGGAUUUACAUACUCCGCCGGGACGGAUAGAUUUAUGAAAGUAUCCCCAGAGACGUUUGUGGUGUCGCAGGAAGCGCCGAUCGAGCCGUUUUCAACAUACAUUUAGGGCUGACGGGCCCCGUCAAGACUACGAUAUCUCACACAAGGCGGCUGACGGGCCCCGUCGUUUGAUGUGUUUGUAACGUAGAACACCUUCAAUGACGUCCUUGCAUACUGUAUUGGCGGCGGCAAUGAGAUGUGCCCACCACUUGUCAUAGUUCGAUCCAUCGUAAAGAAGUUUGGACCUUCGGAUUUUACGGCUCUCGCCUGAGAUUGAGUCGGACAUAGCAAAAAUAAUGAAGUUGAUGCAACUUUUUGAUCAAAAGAUAAUGCCCAUAACCUAAAGAGACCAAAAAAAGCUUUAUUACUGCGAAACUGUUUUAUUAAUUGUAUAUUACGACAUUUUUAUACGUCAGUAAAACUGGACUAGUGUCUAUAUAUCCGGAGUCCAAAAUGGGCUGAGGAGUAACAGUCAUACAUGUUAAUAAUAGAGUAAUGUGGAUUGAGGACCAGUUCACAUCUACCGGAUGGCUUUUAAGAUAGUAGAGCAACUUUAAUGCUCAAUACAUUUUUAUAUAAAAUGUUUUAGUGUUAUAAAAAAAAUAAGAGGUGCUAAAAAAAGUUAAAAAAAACUAUGAAAAAACUAUGAAAAAGACAGAGCAAAAUUAUUUUCCAAAUUGCUUUUGUAAAACAAAAUAUGUCCAUACUUAUUGGAAGUCAUAUGUCGCGUAUUUUUUUUUAGAUACCUUUUUCCAAAAUGAUUAACAGGUCUCAUUUGAGUCAUUUUUAGUCAAAUUAUUAGUUUAUGUAAUAAAAAAAUAGUGUAAGUAUUCUUAAAAGUUCUGGGCAACAAUCUUUUGAUUUCAUUGAGUUCUCACUCGCUCUCUACUCUCUACUCAAAUAGCGAGAGUCUAGAGAGUAGAGAAGGAGAGAGAACUCUCGCUCUACUACAGAAGUACUGCUCUACUCUCUGCCUGAGCCUACAGAUAACAGAGUACAGACUACAGACUACAGACUCUAGAGAGACUGAGAGAGAGAGUCAGAGUCCAGAGAGGCUCUCUCUCAGUCUCUUUAUAUCUGUGUUUCAAGUUUUUAAAUAAAUAUUCCGAAC